AUGAACAGACCACCUUCUAGAUCUCGUGCUCCUAUGAGCCUCGAGGAUUCACUUGAUGAAGAGAACAGAGAAGUCCUAGCUGCCCUCGACAGCAAAGGAUCUCCCUCCCCCAUGGCGAGAAUCACACAUGCUCGAACUGCCACUCCUCCUCCACCUAGUCACAGCAGACUCUACGUCGAUGCGCCGACGCCCCGACAUGGCUCCAUAGCGGGGAUUGGCGUCGGAAUAACGAGUCCUACUCAGUCAAGAACGUCGGGCGCACUAGACCCAUCAGACCCCUCUACGUAUACCUCUCCACACUCGAGCAAAUCGACUUCACCCGUUCUCACCAAAGCUCAACCGUUGACCACACGACAGCGUGCUGCUUCGGAAGCAGACCGCCUCGCUCGUCCUUCCACAACCGAGGUCUCCAACAAGCCUGGCUUCGAGCAAAAAGCUCCGUCCAACACUCCCUCAAUAUAUGCACCUUCAAGCGCAGGAACAUCCAGUCGAUUACAAAUGGAGAACAAGAGACCGCGCCAAGGUUCAAGUCCGGCUAUGGCAGCAGCCAUGACAGGUGACUUUUCCAAGUUGUACGUAGGGCUGCCGGGUGCAAAACCUCUGAAAGAUACUGGUGCUGCGCGGGGCCAUUCGAGGUCGCCUUCGUCGCGGAGCAGAAAAUCUGAUACAUCUCAGCCUGCGCUUUUAAGUCCAAGAAAGUCCGCAGGCCCUUUACUGAGCUCUGGAACCAACGUGGAUAAUCAAACCAGCCGCCGACUAUCGAAUAAAUCUGGCAGCUUUUCCACUUUCACCGACGACUCGGAAGAGGGUGCUGGUCGCAUACACGCGGAUGAGAUAGGUGAAGAGGAUGCCUUGGCUGAAAGCAGUGAUGAAGAUGCCGGAUAUUCCAGCAGCGACGAUGACGAGACUAGAGGUCGGUCAGAUAGACGGAAAUAUUCGCAAGGUGAAGCAGCUGAGAACAAGCCGGCAGAAACAACCAUCACAUCAUCACCCCCGACACAGACUCCUCCUACACCGUCUUUACCGAAAGAGCCCUCAAUCUCAAUAACAGAUCCCGCAGGAGAGGUCUCAGCUGAAAAGCCAGAGGUACAUCCUCCAACGAACUUUGCACGGUCCCAAUCCGUAAGCUCCCACGAAGAUGAGGACGACGAAGUCAAAGCUAUCCGGAAAGCGAAGAGCCUGGCUCUGAAUAUGUCUCCCCUUGAUACCACUGUUCCCAACCGGCACGUCCAAAUCCUUCUGCGAGGAAACUGGGUUCACUUUCAUCAAGAGGCAGAGGCGGGCCACGGUCACAGACAAUCCAGAACCUACCUUGUGUGUAGCGACCUUAGUACAGAAGCCACAUACGCGAUGGAAUGGGUAGUUGGCACCAUGUUACGGAAUGGCGAUACUCUUCUUGCCAUUUACGCAAUUGAAGACGAAUCCGCAGGGAAACCGACCGAAGCUGAAAAGGAGAUUCUACACGCCGAAGGUGCACAAGCUGGUAAGGCCGCUUCCGAGGCGAUGGAUGUUCUUACUCGGCAAACAACGCAAGGCGGCGGGACGAGUGUUGGUCUGGAUAGUCAGAAUAAAUAUGUCCCGGCAACAGAAAUCAUGAGCUUGAGUGGUUCGGUCGACGCAAGGAAAAUGUCCAAGAAGGACAUGGAACGUCUAAAAGGUGUCGAGGCGGUCACUCAGACUUUCAUCAGGCUAGUACGAAAGACGACGCUGGAGGUCAGGUGUAUGAUUGAAGUCAUCCAUUGCAAGAGUCCAAAGCAUUUGCUUCUUGGUGCGAUUGAUGAACUCGAACCGACUCUCUGCGUUGUGGGCACACGUGGCCGUAGCUCUCUCAAAGGAGUUCUACUUGGUUCCUUCUCCAAUUACCUUGUGACUAAGUCUUCAGUGCCUGUAAUGGUAGCGAGAAGGAGAUUGAAGAAACCACGCUCAGAUGUCCGCAUCAGCAGCCACAAAAUACGGCUGACGAACAACCUUACAGCCAGCCAUGUACCUGUGAAACGGAGAAGUCUGACGCAAGCAAGGAUUGAUUAG